UGUCAAUUUUCCCGUGUCGUGAGCCCAUAAACAUCUGCGAGGUUAUUUUAAUUGAACUUUUAUAAAAAUAUGCCGGAAAACUAACAGAUCGACAAUCGAAAUAGUAAACGCUUGAAGUGGUUGAAUAUCAAAUAUUUUAAGGAAUUUAGAUUCAAUUUUUAUCCAAGAUAAGUGUGGCAAUAAAAGCUGAAAAAUGUACGCAAGAUUCCCCAAACACGGAUGGAAACACUUCCGGACACGGUUCUCGUCCCAAAAUGCUAGUCCAUAUAGCAAUGGGAUUUUAAAAAAGAAAGAAGCAGUCUCCAGGCCCGUUCAACAAGGAAAAGUGCUCCAUGGCUUCCUCUGUUCUGAAGUCGAGUUUAUUAAAGAAUACAACAUGACAGCGUACUUCUUAACUCAUGAGAAAACUAAAACAGAAUACUUGCAUUUAGAAAGAGAAGAUGCUAAUAACGUAUUUUCUGUAGGCUUCCGGACCACCCCCUUGGACUCCAUGGGAACUCCACAUAUCCUGGAACAUACAGUGUUGUGCGGUUCAGAGAAAUAUCCUGUCCGUGAUCCGUUUUUCAAAAUGCUGAAUCGGUCUUUAGCAACUUUUAUGAACGCUUUGACGGGCCCAGAUUAUACGUUCUACCCGUUUUCGUCUCAGAAUGAAGUGGAUUAUAGGAAUCUGCAAAAAGUUUAUUUGGAUGCUGUUUUCAAACCAAACUUGUCUAGAAUGGACUUUCUUCAAGAAGGCUGGAGACUGGAGCAUACAAAAUUAGAGGAUAAGAAGUCUGAUCUAAUGUUUAAGGGAGUAGUGUACAAUGAAAUGAAAGGAGCAUUUUCUGAAACAAAUUCCCUGUUUGGACAAAAGUUUAUUAACACUAUCUUACCAAAAGGCACUUAUGGCUACGUCUCAGGAGGUGACCCAUUGCACAUUCCAGAAUUGACACAUGAGCAUUUAAAGAAAUUCCAUGCUACGCACUACCACCCCAGUAACGCUAGAAUCUAUUCAUACGGUAACUUCCCUCUAGAAGCUAAUCUAAAAUUUGUAAAUGAGGCAUAUUUAAGCAAAUACACUUAUUUAGAUCCCAAAAACACUAUAGUAGCAAAACAAGAGAGAUGGAAGAUGCCAAAAAAGGCAGAAAUUUCUUGCAGGGUUGACCAGUUUGGUGGCCCAAUAGAAAAACAGAACCAAAUAGCUAUAGGUCUUGUCAUGUCUGAUUUAACAGACAUCUAUGAGACAUUCAUGCUUUCAGCAUUAGCUGAACUUAUGAUCCUAGGCCCAAAUUCAGCUUUUUAUAAAAGCCUGAUAGAGAAAAACAUUUCAGGAGGAUACAAUGGGCUAACUGGUUAUGAUAAUCAAAUUAGAGAUACAUUGUUUGUGGUGGGACUAAAAGAUGUUGAGACUAACAAAUUUGAGAUGGUAGAAAACAUUUUUGGUAAAACGAUUGAGGAGAUAUUCGAAAAGGGCUUCGAGAAAGAUCAUAUUGAAAGUGUGCUUCAUGGAUUUGAGCUUUCCAUCAAACACCAAUCGCCAAAAUUCGGAUUGAAUGUACUUUUCAAUUUAAUGUCCCUUUGGAACCACAACGGGCCAAUAUUGGGCGCUCUAAAAGUAAAUGAUCUGCUCACUAGGCUAAAACAGGACUUGAUGAACCCAGCUUAUGUUAAAGACGCCAUAGAAAAACAUUUUAUUUUAAAUAAUCACAAACUUACAAUGACAAUGACGCCUGAUCCCAAAUUCGAUGAUAUUUUCACUGAUGCUGAAGCAAAGCUUCUAAAGUCUAAGACUAAAGCUUUAACUGAAGAAGAUAGAGAAAGGAUAUAUAAAGAAGGAAUAGAGCUGUCUAAAGCACAAAAGAAAGAAGAGAAUUUAGAUGUACUGCCAUGUCUAAAAUUAGAAGAGAUUGCUCUUACUAAAACUGCGCCGCCUCUGAAACACACAGUAUCGGGCACUAUUCCAUUACAAAUGUGCGAAUCUAAUACAAAUGGUGUCACAUAUUUCAAAGGAGUAUUAGGCACAGAAAGCCUUAAUGAAACUCAAAGACCUUUGCUACCAUUUUUCAACUACAUUUUAGGCAAAUUCGAUACGAAGAAGUACAACUAUAGAGAUUUCGAUAAAUACGUCAGUAAAACUACGUCGGGAUUGGCCGUUCUUACUCACGUCACCCAGCAUAUUGACGAGAAAGACGCUUACGAACAGGGAAUAGUCAUUGACAGUCAUUGUCUCGACGAAAAUCUCCCGAAAAUGUUGGAUAUCUGGCGUCAGAUCUUCGAUAAGCCUAAUUUCCAAAACACCGAAAGAAUGUCGAUGCUUUUAACGAACUAUUGCUCGUCACUAUCAAAUGGUGUUGUUGAUAGCGGUCACACGUACGCGAUGCAAGCUGCUAGGUCGCUUGUGUCUGCUGUAGACGAAUGCAGAGAAAACCUCCUUGGUAUCCAUCACGUGAUUAAAAUGCAGUCAAUACAAAAGAAUAACAUAUCUGAAAUCCAAAGUACUAUAGAUGAAAUAGCUGAAGAAGUUCUCAAAGGUUCUAAUUUACGUGCUGCAUUCCACUAUUGUAAUACAAAUAAGGAUAUAGAAAAAGAGGUCGACGCGUUUUGCAAGGAUCUAUGCGAAGACGAAGGGAACGAUUUGAAUCGUAUUAAUUGGACAGAUUGUAAACCUAUGCCAAAAGAGAAUCGCGGCUUGCAGAUCGCAAUGAAUAUACCAGUAAAUUUCUGCGCUAAAGUUGUACCAACAGUAUCUUAUACUGAUCCAGAUUUCGCUAAGUUGAGGGUACUUUCACGUCUAUUAACUUCCAAAUAUCUUCAUCCUAUAGUUCGGGAACAAAAUGGGGCGUACGGUGGAGGGGCGUCGCUGUCUAUCGACGGGAAUUUCAACUUUUAUUCAUAUAGAGAUCCAAAUACGCGAUUAACUUUAGACAUUUACGAUAACGCGUCCAAUUGGCUAGCUAAUAACACCAAAAUCAUCGACGACCAAAACCUAUUCGAAUCGAAAUUAUCCAUUUUGCAGCAAAUGGACCAACCGGUAGCAGAAUACAUGAAAGGAAUUGAUCUAUUUUUAAACGGACUCUCGUAUGAUAUUUGGAAGACUCAGCGUGAAAGAGUAUUAGCUGUUAAAAAGGAUGAUUUAGUUGAAGUCUGUGUAAAAUAUUUACGCCCAGAUAAAUGGUCGGGGAAGUGCGUUAUUGGGGACAUUGAUAUUAACGUCUUGAAGAAAGGAGAUGAAGUUUGGAGCAGAAUCAGUGGCCCUCAGCAAUAGACAACUGUGAUACAAAAUUUAACUUUUUAGACGGAGCAUUUAAUUUUAAAACGCGGGUAGUGCGAAAGAUAAUGUAACAUCAGAAUAGUUAAUUUUGUCUCAAAUGAAGAAAAAUAAAUAAAUAAGGGAAUAUCUGUGAAGAUAUCCGAGUUAAUAAGAAAUUGAUCUGUUGCAAUACUGAGAGUUUGUGGUACAUUUAUUAGACGAGAAAAAAGGCGGUCGUGCGCUUAGAAUAUAAAAAUUUUUAUCAAAAGAGUUAUCGAGAUAUGAUCACGAGCAAGUAUAGAAUAUGUUAAUUCACUAAAGUGAAACUUUAAUUAUAUUCGUUGAAUAAAUAACCUUUUGCAAAGCAGUAGCUUUCUUCAAAAGUAGGUCAUAGCUCUUUCUCGGAAAGGUAGGCAGAGGCUUCAUAUUGCUUGUAAAAUUAAUCGCUGUAAAAUCGCCAAAAGCGGAGCUAAUGAAAACUAAAGACAAAAGCACAAUUUUGUCAUAAUAAGCACAAGUUUGAGUUGGUUCUAUUCCAAAAUUCAGAAAGGGGACUUACAACACAAACAUGCGUAUAAUUUUUACCCGCCUGCCUAUGCCAGUAUAAAUGGUUCUAGGUAGAAUGGCUCUAGCUUCGUGGUAGCGUGGGGCGAAGCCUCAUUAAAAUGCUCUUGGCAAUACUUAUUUAUUUGAUGUAGAAAGUCUAGUAUGUUAAUAAAGAAAACUUAUAUCUCA